AUGACCUUGAUCGAUGACUGGCUGGAGGGGGUCAGAUGCCAAGUUAACGUGGAGCAGCAUAUCUUCCUGGAGAUCGUGGUUGACAGGCUUGCGGUGGAGCUCGGCUUGAAAGAUGCGGGCGCUUCGCACCGAGAAGAUGGCACCGAGCCCUUGCGGCACUUGCUCCAUGGACCGCCAGGAACUGGAAAAUCCCACGUCUUGAAGUUCGUGCAAGAGCUCUUUGCGUUGGCUGGGCUAAAGAAGGGCAUCGACUAUCAGUUCGUCGCGUUUCAAGCCACCAACGCCGCAGACCUGGAUGGGGACACCAUACAUCACGCCUUCGGCUGGAACACCAACAAGCGCAGCUUUGAGCAAGCGAUGAAGCCUGAAGCCGCCAAGCAGCUAGCCUACUGCCGGUGGCUCUUCAUAGACGAAAUCAGUUUGGUGCCGGCAGACCUCUUCGCACAAGUGGACCACUGCCUCCGGGAAGUCAAGCCGUCAGCAGAUGCCUGGAAGCAUGACCCGCUGACUGGCAACACGCGGCCGUUGGCAGGCGUGAACGUCAUCCUCGUCGGUGACUUCAAACAACUUCCUCCACCCCAAGGCGGCAACCUGGCAGAUGUUCCGCAUCAUCUUCGGGUGGGGCCCCAUGAGACUUGCAAAGCGCCGGACCCGAUGGCAGAUGCGGGCAGGCGACUGAUGUGGGAAGACAUCGAGGGCAUGGUGGAGCUCACCGACCGAGAAAGAUGCAAGGACGAGUGGUGGAAUGAAGUCACGGACGAGCUCCGAGCCGGCCAUCUAUCGGAGAACAACUGGCGCUAUCUCCAUGGCUACCCCGUGGAGGGAUGCAAGCUGUCCAAAGAGGAGCGAGAAUCGAGACGCAGGGUCAUCGAUGGGCCUGGGGACCCACGGUUGAGGGAAGCAAGAUUCCAAGAGGCGCCGGUCAUCGUGGCGAACAACGAUGCCAAAUACCAGAUCAACAAAGACCGAGCCAAGAAGUAUGCCCAAGACGCGAACGCGCAGCUGCGAUGGUCGGUGGCAAAAGACGUGGCAAGUACAGAAACCCUGCAAGCACAAGCUUGUGACAAAGAACGAAAGAUUAAGUGGUUGCAGUACCAUGACAAGGACACGGGCAACUUGCUGGGCACCCUGCCGUUGGCCAUCGGCAUGAAAGUGGCUUUGACCGAGCACAUCGACCGGUCCGAGGACAAAAGCAGACAUGAUGAGGCACUGCCUGAAAUGCUUGCAGGUGAAGAGGGCCGAAGGGAUGCAAUGCCGAAAAUGUCUGAUGACCAAGACACCUGCCAAGUUCACACCGUCUAUGAUGACAAUGCCUGCAGCGGGCAUUCUUUGCAUUGA